ACCACCACACCAUCUCAAAACCCACCACAAACACACACAAUGGCAUUCGCGUGGAAAGCUGCGGGUAUCACCUACAACCGCUACCUGGCCGUCGCCUCCCGCGUGGUCCGUCGCUCAUUGAAAGAAGAGCAGAGACUCAAGGCCGAGAAGAGAGGAGAGAUCGACCUGCGAUUCGCAAAGUGGGAGAACGGCAAGCAGCAGGAAUUGAGAUCUGUCGAGACGGCGAACGCGGAGGCUGCGCAACAGAAUGCUUCGCAGUAAAUACGGCGGGAUGACUGAGGGGGGAGAAAGGAUACGUCUGUGAUGGAGGCGGGCAGAAGUGGUGAUGGAGGAGGGCGAAAGGCAUCGUCGAGGGGCAGAGAGGUCCUUGGUGGUAUCAUGAGGAAGUGCGAAUGUACACGACUCUGUACCAUCUCAAUGUGCACACAGGUUCAUCGC